GGAGGUGGGGGGUGGGGGCUUCUCUCUCUCCCCCAUAGAGCGCAGCAUGAGCGCUCCGCAGCAAAAGGAUGUGUGAGCAGGCAGCGCGCUACUGUAGGGACGGAGUCCACAAACUGCUUAACAAAGAACAAGCCAAACUUCGUGCCCAAGAAAGCCGCGAGCAGCCGAAACCCGUAGCCGGUCAGGACAGCGAGUCCGCGACGGCAGCGCAGUCCGGAAACAGCGGCGCCCAGCCCGGUGGAAUCGACGGGCUCGUCCGCUGGAUCGUCACCAAAAUGAGCGACAACAAGAACAUCUCCAGCCGGGAGUACGCUUCCAGCAAGGAGGAGGUGGCCGUGGCUCAGGAGCAGUUCUUCGCCCCGGAACCGCGGAGAGGCAUCUCCGUUAUUUUGGAUAUAUUUAGAAGAGCUGACAAAGAUGAUGAUGGCAAGCUAUCUCUGGAUGAGUUCCAAGCCUUCUUCUCUGAUGGCACGCUGAACGAAGAAGAGCUGGAGAAGCUGUUUCACACUAUCGACUCUGAUAACACCAGUAAUGUUGACACUAAGGAACUCUGUGACUACUUUGCCAAGCACAUGGGGGACUAUGAGGGAGUUCUGGCCUCGUUGGAAACACUCAACCUUUCCAUCCUCAAAGCCAUGGACUUCACCAAAAAGGUUUAUGAGAGAGGAACCAACGUGGAGCAGUUUGUGACCCGUUUCCUGCUGAAGGAAUCAGCCAAUCAGAUCCAGUCUCUCCUGAGCUCUGUUGAGAGUGCUGUGGACGCUAUUGAUGAGCAGCACAGCCAAUCAGGUCACCUACCUGCCAAGGUGAGUCCUCGGAUGUCAGAGAGGCGCAACGAAAACACCAUCCCUGACUAUCCCCCCAACAACAGAGUCAGUGCCAGGGAGGCUGUCAGGACCAUCAACACUGCUUCAGGUGCAGUAGAGGUGAGAAAAGAAGGUCUGGACGCUCAAAUCAACCGCCUGGCUGAACUAAUUGGACGACUGGAGAAUAAGACAGUCUGGUUUGAUCUGCACCAGAGGCUAACAGACACAGAUGGCACUACCAGCGCAUCCUUGCUGCUGAUUCGUCAAGAGAUGGUGGUUUCCCAGAAGAAGCUUGGCGAGUUUUGCGAGGCUCUGAAGCAGUACCUGAAAAAUGUCUCCACUCAGAGAGACUGCUUUCAUGUGACUGCGGUGCGUCUGCCGGACGGUUUAUCCUUUGUCGUCUACGAGUUCUGGGAUGGAGAGGAGGAGUGGAAGAGGCACCUCCAGUCGGCUCCCAACAAAGCUUUUCAGCAUGUGAAGGUGGAUACACUGUGCCAGCCGGAGGCUGUGUCCUCUGUAGCCGUGCCAGCCGCCUGGUGCAGUGUGAACAGGGACUGAGCAUGAAGAUAUUCAACUACACGCCACGACUCCUGGACACUCCCCACCUCCCUUUGAACCCCCCCUUCCCACCCUUGCGUUUCACCCGCUCUCACCCUCCCCCUCUCAAACCCCCUCCUCUUUCAACCCUCACAUUCCUCAACUCUUUUUGUAAGUACAUGUUUACACAGUGCAAAUGAAUGGUGUCAACUGCAGUGAAAAUUGAACAAACAGUGCAUUUUACAAUGUGAGAUUACUAAUGCGUUUGCAUCUCACCGUAGUAGUUUGCUGGCUCAAGAUAUUGGAUUGUCAUGUUCAUGUUUCAAGUAGCUUUGAGCCACUGUAAGGUGGAGUUUGUCAUGUAGCAAGGACCCUGACGUUGAGUUUUUCAUGUAGCAGUUACUGUUAUGGGGUAGUGCAUUUGGGGAUGUGGCUUUUUUUCACUCCCGUUAGCAGCGGUGUAGUGGUAGUUGAUGAGGUGGGUGUAAUACUAGGUAGAUGGGUAGGUUACCAAGGAGGAAGUGGGUAUACUUUACAAUAGAUUCCAGUGGCUUUUGGCUGAUAGGUGAGUGUACUGUAAAUGGCCAGAAAAAUGUGGGUAUGGGUAUAUCCCAUAUACCUGCGUAUACCUUCCACUACACCACUGCCUGUUAUGGUUGACCACAGGUAGCUCAUCUAGUUAACUGUUAUUUCAUAGUAGGUGCUCAUUCCACAUUUACUCCCAUACACAGUAUUAUAAUAAUUAUAUUUUUGUUUAUUUUAUAAUCAACCAAAAGCCAUGGACAUUAUUCUCACAUCAGCCAUUCUGAACUCACAUCGACAUGUUGAGUAAAGGAGGACUAUACAGACUUAGUUGCCAGAUUAGCUUACAAUCUCAGGUAAACUGAAUGCUUUGAAUUCAGCUUGAAGGUUAGCUAGCUCCCUGGCUAGCUGUCAAACCUACUGUUUUGAGUCUCUAAGUGACAAAGUUUGGGUUGUUUAAAAAAAUAUUAUGGUGAAAACCAUGAAGGCCUUGCAAGCAGCCAAUGAGUUUUUAGAAUGAAUAUGUACAAAAUGUGUUCUGACUAGCUCGAGCCACUAGCUCAAAAGCUAGCUUGAGCCAUUAGCUCAAUAACUUAAUAAAACAUCUCCUCAUACAAUAUAGCAAUACUAACAAUAUCUAUACAUGCCACAUAUGUCAAUUUGAGAGAAGGACAGAAGGUUCCAGAAGGACCUGAAGACAGAUUCACCAUUGUUAGAUUCUGAGAGGUGGCUGUAAUAUUAGCCUGAACACAGCCUCUCUUUUGUAAACCCGUGUUUGGAAAAGAAAAAUGACUUUUUGAAGGUAAGGACGACUCCAAGUGUUACAAGCAACGCAUAUAUAGGCCUGAAACAUAUUACAUCUUUUGAUUAAAAAAAACAUAAAACAAUUUUAUUAUCUCAAAGAGAAUAAGCAUUGACAGAUGGACUAGUUGACAAUGUAUCACCGUGCGAUUACAUUAAGAAGCAGUAUUGGUGCUUAAUGUAAUAAAUAAUGUAACAAAGUAAUGUAACUUACUACAUGUAAUUACUUCUUGAUUACUUUUCUAUCAUCUGUUUUAACCUGAGCAAUAAAGCUGAAAAAUGUCCAGAAAUAGGCUAUGACAAAAGAAGGCAUUCCUGCAUGGCGAAAGGAUGCAAAGUAACAAAAUGAAUAUUAUAUUCUACUUAUAAACCUUUUACCAAAACGAAUAUAUUCAGAUGCACUCCCAUUUUGAUUGGUACUUACUAGUAACUGUAACUGAUUACAAUUACAUCAUGUAAUUAAUUAUUCCCCAAUAUCACCAAUGAUACUGAGAAUUCACUCAAUAUUUCACAAUAGGUUAUAGUCCCCUGCACACUCAUGCUAUCAGAGAACCAGGGUUACAGUCGUAACUUUGGGUUUUAAACGCUUACUUGCAUCUUCCAGACUCCUCAGAUCCAUUUGUUCUGUUGCCUGAGCUUGAGCUUGUUGAGUUUGAAGUACAUUCAUGUACAAUGGCUGCUGUGGGAGUAAUGUCUAUAAUGGUAGGAAUUUAUUUAGCAUGUGUAAACACAGCAACAGAAUGAGCAACAGAACCCUAAACCCAAAUCUCUGUGAAACUAGACAUCACGAUGACAUCAGAUGGUGACCGGCCAAAAGGAGAGGGCAAGUUCAGUGUCUUGAAUAAUGAAAAGACGUCAGUCUUCACAAAAAUUUGGGUAUUUAUAUGAUUGUGAUUGAGACGUGUAGAGGAACAUUUAGAGAGCUGGUAAUUUGCAUUCCUUUAUGUAGCUUUCAUUUCAUGAAACAUUUUGGAGUUGACUCUCUGAUCAUUGACAUCAGGGUCAUUAAAGAGGUGAGAUGAAUAGAUCGUUUGGUGUCAAGGGAUAAUUUGUGACUUAGAGUCUGCUGCUACCUUGAGACGGAAGAGACUAAGUUGAGAGAGAUACAGGCAGCACCUCACUGUUCUCCAUGCAGCUAAAGUUUGUUUCAUUUAUGCCUUCUGUUUGUGUAUUCCUUGUCUGAAUUGGCGGUGGGUAGCUUAUAUUAGCUGUGGAAGUCUAGUAGAGAUUGUACAUAUGGAAAAUGUUGUUCUAUUAUGAUUACAUUUGUAUUUAUUGACAUCUUUUAGUGCUAUGGUGCAAUUUUUUUCCUCAGUGGAAGUGGCAGUAGCUUUCUAGGUGCUGCGGCUUCUUGUAACAGUUUGUUUGAAUCCGAAUACCUACCAUCUGAAACUUCAGACAGAUAAACCCAUCUGAAUAACAUUGAAUAUGAAGCCUUAAACAUCACCACAUGGUAGAGGAGGUUUUAAGGGAUUAUAUAUAUAUAAAAAAAAAAAGGACUUUUUUUGGUGUGAUGUGAACUCCCAUUAAGCAGGGAAAUGCCCAGUAGUGGUCUGUCAGUGAGGACCUCUUGGCAUCAGAUUACAUAACACCAGUUUUGCGUUGCACUGACAUGUUGUGUCUACAAAGACAGUUUCUCCAUACCAUUAGAUUUUUCUGUACAUUGAACUUUUUUUUAGUUAAUAACAUGACUGAAAGGAUGACCAUGACUUUGAAAUAUGCCUUCGCAUCCCUUGGCAUCUUGUAGCCAAUAGAUCACCCACCUUAGCAUCAAUAUCUAUAAAACACAAUGAUCACGUAUAUUGCCACUAUUAACCCCCAACUAUAGGAGACAAGGGUCUCAAUACAAUAUCAACCGUAGGACAUUACAGAAAAAAUGUGGACCAUCAGAAUCAAAUGCUGGGCAGGUCUGAUCAGCUGGGUCUGGGCUCUAAAACAAUAACACCAACAUCUGGAAGCUCUGAUAAACAUUAUAUUCUAGUGACCAACAACAAUAUUGUUCAGCAAAAGACAUCACAGCACAACAAAAGAUCAGGGUUAAUCUUUGAGUCCUGUGCAUACUUUUCAUGUUGACCUGGGUUUCUUUCCACAAUCCAUACAGGUAGAUUGAAACCUUUACAAGUAAAUUACUGUAUAUAUGAAUGUGAUCAUGCGGCAACAGAUAUUCCAAAUUGACAACCUUUCCUUCCUUCAGUCCAGUUCAUGCUGUAAGACGCUCUGAAAAACUAUAACUAGGGAAACACACUGAAUCAGUGGAGGUGUCUAGUUUUUGCCACAUUUUCUGUUUGGCCAUUCCUGUGUUCUUGACCCACCUCUGCAUCUGUUCUGAUCGUUCUUGGUCUUUGGCACAAGUCUCACCUGAAACCAUCAAUUCACCCUGGGAUGACCAGAGGUUAAACUCAGGUCAAGACUCAAUCGCCCGGGGGCCUCACUUAAUGUCACCCCUCACUAACACCACUACAAGCCCACCACUGUUAUACAAUCAGACUCUCACUCAGAAAGCACAAUGUAAAAAUAAGAGAGUAUUGUGACUUAAAGAUACAGUAUAUUAGAGGUUAUUGAGUAUGAUGACAGUAUUUAAAGAGUAUAUAGUAUUACUGUUUAUCUGGUUAAAGAUGUGUUGAUGAAUCACUCCUUCUUUAUAGCUCUAUACUUUCAAAGGUGGCACCUUUCCAUCCACAUCACUGUUAAUCUAUUUUCUCUAUUUUCACAUGUGUAUGACAGCCAGUCUGUCAUCUGCCAGUACUGUGGUAGCAGUGAGUAGGGAUUCAGCUACACUGAUACUAAUAUUGAUCUAGCACCACUCUGGGCUGCAUUGAGCAGGGCAGGACUUGGUGGAAUGUGGAAGUGUUGAAUAUUAUUACAUAUACUGUAACAGAAGUUUGUAUUACAGUAGGCUUAUAGAACUGGCAUGCAAAGGCAUUGAUGCUUUAUUUGUGAUAUGCAUCUACUAAUCUCUCAGUGUCUGUGCUAAAGGUACCCUGUGGAGUUUUUCUUACCACAUGUAGCGCUAUGAAGCAAUGUUUCAAUUAGUGGGUGUCCUUGUUUGUAUGAUGUAGGACAGAAUAUAUAUUUUUGCUGAUCUUGCCAUUUGCUGAUCAACAGUCAAAGUACCAACAAAGGCAAAGAAGAAAGUUGCUAGCAAACAUGUCACUUAGCAUCUGACUAGCUGCAGUUUGAAGUGGGUCCAACUAAACUGCAACUUGUAACACUUUUAAACACAGCUAUUUGACGAACUGGAGAUAACCUGCAGAUAAAUCAGAUGUAUGAAGAAGUUAACUUAAGAUCUGUCCAAUGCAGUAUUAGUAGUUAAAAAAAGCCUAAUUUUCAUUUUUUACAAUUUACUUGGCUAUAUUUUAAAUGACCAAAAAAAAAAAAAAAAAUCGAAAUAACAUGCCAGCAGAUGUUUCUGACAUUGCAAAUAUUUAAAAAAUAUCAAUGUGAAAAUAACAUUACCUCAAACAAUCAGGAGAUGUACUCCUAUCCUAAAUCCCAGAGGUGGCACAAAGUCAUUGUCUUGCAAGUCUUAAGUACAUCUUGAGUUUUUGCAUUCAAGUUCCAAAUUAAGUUCCAAGUCAAAGCGAGCAAGUCCUGAGUCCCAAAUAAAGACUGACAGGACCCAAGUUCUAAUCUUUGAGUUUCAAGUCAUAAACAAGUCAAAAUGUGCUCAUUUAUAAAUGUAAGUCAAGUAUUUUCAAGUCAAAAGGCUCAAGUCCAAGUGAAGUCACAAGUCAUUGGUGUUGAAGUCUAAGCAGAGUUGCAAGACUUUUGAUUUUGUCGGGUCCAGUCCAAAGUCAUCAAAUGUGUGAUUCAAGUCUUGUAACUCCAAUCCAUGCUUCUGCUGAACCCCGUCUCCUGGUUCCAGCAGCAGAAAUCAAUCAUAGCACAUUUUAUCUUACGUUACAUCCUAUCACAGGCUGCCCGUGCUAUCAUCUCGUCCUGCUGCAUUCUGCAUCAGCAGAAACCGUAUCUCCGCAUCACUUGGCUGGAUUACCCAGACUCCCUAUAGGGUUCUGUUUAUGAUCCCUUAAGUUACUUUUAAAGCCACCUGUGGCUUUGGCUCUGUUAUAAUUUCUUAUCUUUUAACACCCUUUAAUCUGCACCAAGGCCACUCAGGUUUGAAGACAGCUGUGUUUUUGUUCAUUGGCUUGUGCGAAGUUAGCGAUUGACAGCUAUAAAUUACUGAUUGUCAAAGCUGCUUGACAAGUUGGACAUAUUUUAGAUGUAUUUCAUAUUUGGCUCACAUUCAUUGCUGUUUCUAUAACAUACUAAAGAUCAGAGUAAUACAUACGUUACCUUAAAGCUCUCUUAAAGCACGUCUGCAUUAGGUUUAAGUUAAUCCCUGGAUUUUUAGUGUCUCUGAGGACACAGCAAUGGGGACCAUGUGAUUUUGUUCCAGUGAACGCAGGUUUAAACCUGUCCUGAACCUUAAACUGCAGCUUAGCUAAUGACAGAACAGUGCGAAAUGCCGAAUGUAAACAGGACUUUGGUUUGUUGCAAGAACGCUCCACAGGGCACCUUAAAUCUCUCACUUCUUAAAAAAUAUAAUUACUUGCACUCCUGUGCCAAAUCUUGUUUGCGUUCAAGAAGGAGCUGCUGUAUUGCGAAUAGAAACAUAAAGCCAUAUUGCAUGGAUUGAUGUUUACAUGUCAGUGACUUACUAUACUGAUAGCCAUAGUUUUAAAGUACUCGAGCGCCCAGCUGAAUGCAGCCCACAUGCUCUAAUCAAGGGUUCCUUUCCUGUUCAUUGCGCCCAGCUCGGUUGGGUUGUGUAUAUGAGGUAGAUAGUGAGUGAACUGUCAGAAAUGCCAAUACUGUUUCCUAUUGAUACAUUCCUGAAUGUCCCUCAGACUGUGCAACCUGUUCUUUUCUAUCCUCCUAUUCCUCAGUGCAACCUGUGCUUCGUCAUACAAUGAAAGAGUUAUGCCAUUGAAUUGUAGUGAAAUAGGCCUUGAUUGAAUGUUUCCUGGCAACAUGAAAAGAUGAAACAGCAGAGGACACAAUAUAUAAAGAUUAAGCCUCCUGUAGGCAGCAGCAUCGCUUUCUGUAGCUGUAGGGAAGCUGGUGGACGGGAAGCGUGUCACCAGGUUUACCUCACGAUACCAAGCCAAUCAGGAAUUUGCCAAACUGAUCCGAGGCCAUAACUCUUCCCUUCUAUGGCUGUGUUCUUUUCUAUCCUUCAACUGAGUGCAUGUCAACUGAAUGUCCAGUAACUUCUUUGCUGUAGUAUUAGGCAAUGCUACUCUUCAAUGGGUUUUGUGCAUUUCUUACCUUAUUCUUUCUUUUCUAGUAUUCCUAUGAAGGAGACAGAGACUAAAAUCUAUUAUAUAAAAUAUAUAUAUAUAUGACUAGAAAAAUGGCAUACAAGAAUGAACAUUCACUUUUAUGGCAAUGUUUAAUGAAAUAUUAAUUCUUAAUGUAUGUUUCAGUAAAACUGCUUUCUCUUCUUAAGUGUAGAGACUUAAUGCAGGGAUGCAAGUAUUAUAUUUGGUCUUUAAAGAAUAUCUUGUUGAAAUUCUAGAUGAUGU